AUAUAUGUGCUUUAUCAUAUUUGGCAUUUAGGGUGAAAAAGUGAAAGACAUGAAAACUGAAAUUAAAGAAGAAGAAGAAGAGAGGUUGGUGAGUGGAGAUCAGCAGUCUAUGGAGGAGGAGGAGAUGAUUAUGAAAGCUAAACAGGAGGAAUCUUCUCUACAUAUGGACACAAAUGGGAUCUAUGUCUGGAAUGCCACAGAGAGCCAUAAUCUUUUAUCUAUAGACUGUUAUGACGAAGAUAAUGACAUCACCCCAUUUUCUACAGGAAUAAAUUCUAUCACCCAAAACGCACAACAAAGACUUUACCAUUUGGAAAGAUUAAUGGACCCCCCUAAUCCUGAGGAAUCUUCUGAUAAAUCUCUUCCCAGUUUUGGAACAACCUUACAUCCGCAUAACCCCAAGACAUCUCUAAGUUAUGGCGAUCACACAGGAGAAAGUUCAUUGUCUAGUUUGGCAUGUUGGAACACAGCACUUGUUAGACACGAGAAUAGUAACAAAGAGCGUCCUUAUUCAUGUCCAGAGUGCGGGAAGUCUUUCGUUCAUCAAGGACACCUCAUAAGACACAAGAGAAUUCACAUGGGUGAGCGUCCUUUUUCCUGUUCAGAGUGCGGACAAAGUUUCAUUAAGGAAACAGAACUUCAAAAACACGAGCGAAUUCACGUGCGUACGCCUUCUUUUCCCUGUUCAGUGUGCAGACAAUGUUUCAUUAAGGUAACAGACCUUCUAAAACACCAGAGAAUGCACAUGGGUGAGCGGCUUUUUUCCUGCUUGGAGUGCGGUAAGUCUUUUAAUCGUAAGGGAAAACUUAUGAUACACCAGAGAAGUCACACAGGGGAGCGUCCUUUUCCCUGUUCAGAGUGUGGAAAAUGUUUCUCUGAGAAAGGAAAACUUGUUAUACAUCAAAGAAUUCACACAGGUGAGCGUCCUUUUUUCUGUUCGGAGUGCGGGAAAUGUUUCACAGACAAAGGAAAACUUAUUAGACACCAGAGAAUACACACAGGUCUGCGCCCUUACUCCUGUUCAGAAUGUGGGAAAUCGUUCAUUCAGAAAAAUGACCUUCUGAGACACCAAAGAAUUCACACGGGGGAAUAUCCAUUUUCCUGUUCAGAGUGUGGGAGAGGUUUUAAUGUGAAAGGAAAACUUCGUAGACAUCAGAGAAUUCACGCGGGUGAUCGUUCUUUCUUGUUAAGGGAGCAGGAAAUGUUUCAAUGAGAAGGAAGACUUGCUGUACAUCAGAUAUGUCACACAGAAGGGUGUCCUUUUUUUUGUUCGGAGUGUGGGAAAUGACCACUGAGAAAGGAAGCCUUGUUGAACACCAGACUUGUGGUACACAGUUUCAAUACUGUAGAAGACAUGUUGGCAGGUUUGCAAUACACAACAUCUGAUGAAUGAGGUGACUGGUAGGCGGUGUGGCGACAGUCACCUAAGAGGCAUAUGAAGGAGGUCCAAGGUAGCAGCUCAGGUCCCUACACUGUUCCUCCUCCACCAUAACCUUGCCCUAUCCUAAACACACUGUUCCUCACUAGCAAGUUUGUGUCCCUGACUUUGCCAACUGUAGUGGGACAAUGGAAUUUAUUAGCACUGCCCUCACUAAAGAUGGCUGCCAGGGUCAUCCAGUGCAGCAGCAUCCAAACGGAUGACUGCUACCCUGAUGAUGUCUACGGAGGCCUCAGAGGAACAAGAGUUGCUAUUUUCCUGUGCAUAGCAGCGCCACCUGUGCAGGGAGGCUGAACUACACCUAUCUUCAGGCCUUUUUGUCUUUUUGGAUACUCUAUAAUGUAAAAAAAAAAAAUCAGCAGUGAGAUUGGGAGCCCCUCAUAUUAGGUGUGACAAGUACAAAGAUCUGUGUAUUCUUGAUAAAAAGCAAAACACAGAAGAUUUGUAGUCCGAAGAUCUCAUCUUCUAUAGCGGCAGAUUGGUGGAUUGGUCUAAGUGGUGAAAAAUGUGACUCACGUCAUAUUGGGGUUUGGUAAUAAAGUCGAUUUGCAGAUGAUUUUAAUGAUAGUAAUAACAAAACAGCAUUGACAUUUUGUUCCACCCUCAUGCAGUUGGUAUCAUAGCACUAAAUUGUGGUAAAACAUGGCAAAUCAAGGGGCAACACAGUGGUGAUUAAUGACAGCAAGUGUUUAGGAAAUUGGAGAAUUAUGACAAUACAUGAAAAAUCCUACCAAAAAAAAAUGGCAAUGUCUUUAAUACAUACACUAUAAAAUGCAGGAACGGUU